UGUGUAAUCUUUGUGCACUCUCUGUUCCUUUGUUACACAACCGGUUACGUUAAUCCAACUGCCUUUUUACUAAUCUCUCCGACAAACAUCUAGUCUAACACGUUAUACAAGAAAUUGAAGGUUACGAAACAUAUUCUUGAACAUUUUUCGUUAAAUAAUUGCUCAAGUGCGUGUUUAAAGAAAUUUGUCAGGUCAUUUUUCAGGGUUAUAAAUCUUCCUUUAUGUGUAAUAAUAUUGACAGGAAAGAGUUUCCUUACAUUAAUACCACUAAAAAUUAGUUAAAGUCACCAGAAUACUGUGGUAAUCCAGCUUACAGUAGUGGAUCCAAAUAUGGAGGUUCCUCAAUAUUAUGGUUACGUGAUCUUCAUUGUUUUGGCUUCGUUUCUAGUAAAUCUUUGGCUUGCUGAAAGAGUUUCAAUUGCUCGAUUUAGAUAUAACAUUCAGUAUCCUAUGAUGUACAGCGAAACAAAUAAUAUAUUUAACUGUAUGCAGCGAUCUCACUUAAAUUUUGUGGAAAAUUAUCCUUCCUUCCUAUCCCUACUCCUAUUAGCCGGAUUAUCGGAUCCCAUUGCAAGUGCAAAGUAUGGAGCAAUAUGGCUUUUAGGAAGAGUGGUUUAUGCAAUUGGUUAUUCAACUGGAAAACCGUGGAAGAGACUUUUUGGCUCCUUUCAAUAUUUAGGACUGGCAGGUUUGAUAUAUCACACUUACCUAAUUGGAAACGAACUUCUGUAAAGGAGAAAUUUCUACUCGCUCGUACUUAAUUUUUUCGAUUUUUUCACGUUUAAACUUUAAUACGAUUAUCAAAAUAUUGUAUGUAUAUUGUGAAUUAAUUAAGCUGACCCCAUUUUCUUAUCUUCCAAUCAAGUUUUAAGUAGUAUCUAACGUGGCUUACUCGUUAAAUUCAACAUUUAAUCGGGAUAAAACUGGAUAUUAACCUAAUAAAUUUGAAGAAAGAAUUAAGUGCAAGAAAAUUAAGGACUAGGUGGAAGUAUAGAUAUUUAAAGGAAAAAUGAUAGAAGAAAUCGUAGGAAUCAAGUGUAAAAAUUAAGAACUAAAUGGAAGGAAUUAAUGGAAAAUAUCAAGAAAAUUGAAGGUAUUGGAUUCAUAAACUAAGGAGUAAAUGGAAAGAAUUAAAGGAAUCGAGUAAUUAAACGAAGAACAAAUUGAAGAAAUUACAUUGAAAAAUUACAGAAUAAAUCAAAGAACAAGUGGAAGAAAUUAAAUAAGAAAAAUUAGUUAAAUCUAUAAUAUAGAAAAUAAAAUUAAUUUAGAACGAAUAUAUAAUCGAGGACAUUGAAAAUUCCCUUCUGUUUUUUUCUUUACUUUAUCAAUUCUUAUCGGAAGUUGUAUAUUAAAAUAUUAAAAAACAAAAUCCAAAAAAAUUACGAAAUUUCCAAUUUUUCCCGAUAAUUACCAUUUUCAGCUUCCUGUUAUCAUAAAUUUCGAAUAAAUUAUUUUAAAAAUUAACUUUUCCUUUAAAUCUUAUAAACAAAAUGGAAGUUUCCUCCUUAGU